AUGUUCGCCCAAACGUACGAUCAUUCGUUCAAUGACUUGUUCAGCCAAUACGUCAACAUGGAGACCUCAGCCGCCGAUGGCAAGGAUUCGUCGAUGCCCGGUGAUCUUGAUCAGUUUUUCCCACUUGACUCUCUCUCCAGUGACUGUGGCGAUCUCUCCCCCACCGUCUCCACUUCUAAACCCCAUCAAUCGCCGCAACCCUGGAGCAAUGACUGGUCCCUGCUGGAUGACGGAGCCGCCGCCGAUCAUCUUGCUUUCCAUGACACCGUCCACCCGUCCGCCAUUUCAGACACUGGCUUGAAUAACUUUGAAGUCUCCCGCCCUGCUGCAACAAACGGCUUGUCCACAUCGCCAUCUACCCCCCCUACUACUCCCAGACGCAAACCCACCCAAAGUGCCCUUAUCACUCCUAAGUCUAUUCGCCAUCGCAGCCCGAAUGAGCGUCGCUCUCUGCUGCACAAGCAAAGCUUCUCUCCCAGUUUGAUGCGUUCUUCCCACCUUGCUAAAGAAAGAAUGGCAUACCCCGAGAUUUGGGCCCAGCGAAUCCAGAACUUCAAUCUUCAUGGCUCAGAAGAUCGUCUGCCGCUAUCGCCUCCUCCCUCGGAUGUCCUCAUUAAGCAUGAGCAUAUGCCCACCGAAGUCAUGAACCAACCCAGGGAAUCAGCUGAGAUGCCUACUCAGUACGACGCAAGAUUGUUCCAGACCCCCUCAGUUUCAAUGCCAUCACCAAACACUGCAAUGGCAACCCACCAACAGCAACAGUAUAUGGGUCGCACAAGUUCCUCGAACUUGACGAACUCCAGCCCUCCCUCUGCCGAUGAUAUCUUCUCAUCGUCCCAUUCUUCCGACCCUCACUCUCUCUCUUCUUCCUGGCAAUCCGACCCUCUUCAUGCAUCAUCUAUCUCCUUUACUCCCGACCUCCAAGGCCAAGAUGCUCAAUGGUGGUCCCCCAUGCCUUCCCGAGUGGCCCAACAACAAGCCGCCUAUCUUGCAUCUCCCACACCCAACCGCUUGCAAAGCAGUGGAAGCCAAAAUGACCUGACUCAAGGAGGACUCAUGAUCCAAUUCGAUCCAUCUUUCGAAAUGUCCGCUGAAUCCUCAUUCCCAUCCUCCAACAUGAUUCCCACCCAAAAAUUCGUCACCCCAUUCAACCCCUCCCAAACUCACAACCACUCCCGAUCACCAUCUCUCUCUCCCAAAGCCGAAACCUCACCCUGGGAUAGUCGCAACUCCUCCAUCUCCAAGCCCACUCACCGCCGCACACACAGCCGCAAGCUCUCCGGUCAGAGCAUGAACGGCCCCAAGCCAGCCAAGGCAUCUGGUUCGUCUCCCCGAGGCGCAAACAAGUCUGUGAGCGUAUCCUUUGUCAAUUUUACCGCCCACGACAGCAAGAAGAUCCUGACCGGAGUUGCUCCCUCCGGCAGCUCGAAGACCAAGGCUCGUCGCGAGCAAGAAGCCCGCGAUAGACGUCGCAAGCUGAGUGAAGCCGCAUUGAGGGCUGUGCGCAGCGCUGGCGGCGACGUCGAAGCUCUUGAGGCUGUGCUCUGUUAA